AUGACAACCAUAGCAUUGAUCGAAGACCUCCCGGUGAUGGAGAAGCCCAAGAGGACUCGCAAAACGCAUCAUAAGGUCAGAACUGGAUGCAUAACGUGCAAAAUCCGGCGAAAGAAGUGUGACGAGGAGAAACCCUUCUGUCGACGUUGUAUAAGCACUGGUCGAAAAUGCGACGGCUAUGUCAGUCAAUCCCCUGAUCAACAUUCAACAUCGGAAAGGUCAUCACCUCAGUGCAUUGAACCCGACUCGAAACGACAGAAGACGAGCGCAGACAAAGUUGCCAUCCCUGCCAUCAGCGGGUCCAAAAUCAAGCCUGCCAACAACAAACUCUGCCGGUCGCCAUCGAACGUCAUGUUUGAGUCGGACAACGACUUUUUCUGUUUCGACUUCUUCCGUUCUCGCACUGGGCCCGAAUUCGCCGCAUACUUUGACAGCUCGAUCUGGCGGACAUAUAUCCUGCGAGCAUGCCACCAACAUCCCACGGUACUUGCUGCCGCUGCCGCUGUGGGUGCUGUGCAUCGAAGGUUCGAGCUGGGGAUUUCUCGCGAGGCAUUUGAGUAUUGUGAUAUUGCAGACAAAUUGUACCACAAGGCGCUUCGAAAGUUGUCGGAUGAUAUGGCCUCCCACCCGAAUGCGGCCGAGAUCAACAUGAUUGUGAUGAAACUAUUCAGCAUUUUUGAGACCUUUCAGGGCAAUUACGAUACUGCACAAAUGCAUAUGACUGCCGCCCUGAAGGGCCUGCUGAGUCGAAAGAUGCGCACAACUUACAAAGAUACGCAAUAUCGCGCCGUGGAGAUAGGCCACGACAGUCUGCGGCGCCUAUUCCUGAGACUAGAGCUUGAAUCUGUCCGCCUAUUUGGAGGGGCAGCCAAAAUGCUGAGCGACCCGGAAGAGUCAAUGCCGGCCCCCUAUCUAAGUCCCUUUUCCCCAACCGAACGGGAGACCGAGUCCUUCCCCGAUCCAAAUCCCCACAUCAUCCCUCGCGCAUUCGAUUCACUCUCAGAGGCCCGCGACGAGCUCUUCACGGAAGCAAAAUGGAUCUGGCACACGUGGACCCUUCUCGAGCAGGGCUUGCUGAUAGGCACAGGAUUUCAGCGUCACCAGACGCACAUAUCCCGUUUGUUGCAGUGGAGUAUGGCCUACGCAGAAUACAGCAAGAGCGAAAAAUGUCAGAGUAACCCGGAGGAUCGCCACCCUGCUCAGCUUCUUAAGGCGUAUCGUGAAGCCGCGUACCUCUUAUUGCUUGCACAAAUGGCUUUCCACUCCCCUGACACGGGUGAAGUGAUCGUGCCGCUGUGUGACCCGCCCGAAACUUGCGACUGCCACAAGUCCUGUCGCAACUACGCAGAGCGCAAAGAGGCCUUGAACGCCCAUUUUGCCCGCUUGUUGGUCCUUAGCGAGGGCAUUUUGAACCGUUCGUCCUUCUUCGCGUACGAUGAACAUUCGAUGAGCAUGGACAGCGGGAUCGGACCCCCACUCUAUGUAGGGGCUACCCAUUGUCGAUCUACAAAGGUGCGUCAUCAGGUGACUUCCCUGCUUAACAAGUCGGAAAUCCAAUCCCGCGUAUGGGACACUUUGGGGGUAUAUUCCAUCGCGGAAAAGAUAUCGAGUAUCGAAGAACACGCGGUGGUCAAGUGCGGUGCUGUUGCGGAUGAGUUGGAGCCCAAGUGGGUGGAUAUCACGUUCUUCUUGGACGAGAGAAGGGUCCUGUUGAGGUAUUGCCACGCCGACAGGGAGGGAAGGGAGGGCAAGUUGCGAGGAACAGGGUUGUGGACCGGCGAGAAUAGAUGGCAGGAGAGCGGGAGCGGCGGACUGGUCUGGAUACAGGAGUGGGUCGCCUUUUGA